AUGUUAUCGGUUCUUACGCUUCCUCUCUUGAUCAAGAUGCUUCCUCUCUUCAACAAAGUACUUCCUCUCUUCAUCAAGAUGCUUCCUCCUUUCUUCAACAGUACUUCCUCUCUUGAUCAGUGCUUCCUCUCUUCACAAGUACUUCCUCUCUUCAUCAAGAUGCUUCCUCUCUUCAUCAAGAUGCUUCCUCUCUUCAACAAAACUUCCUCUCUUCAUCAAGUGCUUCCUCUUCAACAAAGUACUUCCUCUCUUCAUCAAGAUGCUUCCUCUCUUCAUCAAGAUGCUUCCUCUCUUCAUCAAGAUGCUUCCUCUCUUCAUCAAGGUGCUUCCUCUCUUCAAUCAAAGUACUUCCUCUCAUUCAAGGUGCUUCCUCUCUUCAUCAAAGAUGCUUCCUCUCUUGAUUAA